UAUUAAAUAUUUAUCGAAACCUAAAGAAGCGUGAGCGGCACCGGGCACUUUCAGAAAAUAAAGCUGCAAUAAUUAACAAAAUAAGAAGGAAAAUAAAUUGUUUGUAACGUGAAACAUUAUAUAACAUCUCUAACACUAUGGCAGAUGACGGCGAUACAGUAGCGGUAAUGACUGUGAAGGAACCUUUGGAUUUAAUAAGACUUAGCCUAGAUGAAAGAAUUUAUGUUAAAAUGCGAAAUGAACGCGAGUUACGCGGGAAAUUACAUGCAUAUGAUCAACAUUUGAACAUGGUAUUGGGUGAUGCAGAGGAAACAAUAACAACUGUUGAAAUUGAUGAAGAAACGUAUGAGGAAGUUUACAGAACAACUAAAAGGAACAUCCCUAUGUUAUUUGUGAGGGGUGAUGGUGUUAUACUUGUAUCUCCGCCUGUGCGAGUAGGAAUGUAGGGUUAAGGAAAUAAAAUUAAUUCUAAGCAAA